CUCAUCUGCGAGUGAUGCUGGUCCCCGAGACAGCGUUGGAAGAAAAACAACAACAACAACAACAACAACAACAACAACAACAACAACAACAACAACAACGACAACAACCACGACGACGACGACGACGACAACAACAACAACAACAACAGCAACAGCAACAGCAACAACAACAACAACAAAACGUCGGCAACCGAAGGCCUACUAUGGCUACUCACUCCUGUCACUUGCCCGUCAGCUCCGUGAAGAGCUUGCUCCCGUCCCUCUCCAGAGGGCCCCUCGGGACGGGGCCAAUGCGCCUCACGCCCUGCACCAGCGGCGACUUCAGCAUGUCCUCGACGACAUGGCUGAGCGGGGGGCCGAUCGGGUGGGUGUGGUCGAUCGCGUAGAUGAGGCGACCACGUGGGGGCUAGUCGUCCGCCUUGCCUUUGUUCCGCAUCCACGCGAAGCACCAGCGAUCCCACCUCCACCAUGGUCAUGUUGGAGUUCCGCUCGACCCACAGCUCCUUCAGUGUCGUCAUCCACUUCUCCUGCUUCGUGUCUUUCUUGA